GCGCAGCCGCCAUGGACAAGAUCCUGGAAGCGGUGAUGACGUCGUCAUACCCGGCAAGCGUGAAGCAAGGGCUGGUGCGGCGUGUGCUGGAGGCGGCGCGGCAGCCACUGGAGCGGGAGCAGUGCCUGGCGCUGUUGGCACUGGGCGCGCGCCUCUACGUGGGCGGUGCGGACGAGCUGCCGCGCCGCGUGGGCUGCCAGCUGCUGCACGUGGCCGGCCGUCACCACCCAGACGUCUUCACCGAGUUCUUCAGCGCGCGCCGGGUGCUGCGCCUGCUGCAGGGCGGUGCCGGCCCGCCGGGCGCCCGAGCGCUCGCUUGCGUGCAACUGGGCCUGCAGCUGUUGCCCGAGGGGCCCGCGGCGGAUGAGGUGUACGCGCUGCUGCGGCGCGAGGUGCUGCGCACCGUGUGCGAGCGGCCGGGGCCCGCAGUCUGCGCGCAGGUGGCGCGGCUGCUGGCGCGGCAUCCGCGCUGCGUGCCCGACGGCCCGCACCGCCUGCUCUUCUGCCAGCAGCUGGUGCGCUGCCUUGGCCGCUUCCGCUGCCCGGCCGAGGGCGAGGAGGGCGCUGUGGAGUUCCUGGAGCAGGCGCAGCAGGUGAGCGGGCUCCUGGCACAGCUGUGGCGCGCUCAGCCUGCUGCCAUCUUGCCCUGCCUCAAGGAGCUCUUCAACGUCAUUUCCUGCACAGAGGAGGAACCGCCAUCUAGUGCCCUGGCCAGUGUGGUCCAGCACCUCCCAUUGGAGCUCAUGGAUGGCGUUGUCCGGAACCUCAGCAAUGAUGACAGCGUGACGGACUCCCAGAUGCUGACCGCCAUUAGCAGGAUGAUCGACUGGGUGUCAUGGCCCCUGGGGAAGAACAUUGACAAGUGGAUCAUUGCACUGCUGAAGGGCCUGGCUGCCGUUAAGAAGUUCAGCAUCUUGAUUGAGGUUUCACUCGCCAAAAUUGAGAAGGUUUUCUCCAAGCUUCUGUACCCCAUUGUCCGGGGAGCCGCUUUGUCUGUCCUCAAGUACAUGCUCCUGACUUUCCAGCACUCCCAUGAGGCCUUCCACCUGCUGCUCCCCCACAUCCCCCGGAUGGUGGCCUCUCUGGUCAAGGAGGACUCCAACUCGGGGACCAGCUGCCUGGAGCAGCUGGCAGAGCUGGUCCACUGCAUGGUGUUCCGGUUCCCUGGCUUCCCGGAUCUGUAUGAGCCUGUCAUGGAGGCCAUCAAGGAUCUCCAUGUUCCCAAUGAGGACCGCAUCAAGCAGCUGCUGGGGCAGGAUGCCUGGACCUCACAGAAGAGUGAGCUGGCUGGCUUCUACCCCCGGCUCAUGGCCAAGUCAGACACCGGCAAGAUUGGUUUAAUCAAUCUGGGCAACACAUGCUAUGUGAACAGCAUUCUUCAGGCCUUGUUCAUGGCUUCCGACUUCAGGCGCUGUGUGCUCCGUUUGACUGAGAACAACUCGCAGCCCUUGAUGGCCAAGCUGCAGUGGCUUUUUGCCUUCCUGGAGCACAGCCAGAGGCCUGCCAUUUCUCCAGAGAACUUCCUUUCUGCGUCCUGGACACCCUGGUUCAGCCCCGGCACACAGCAGGACUGCUCAGAGUACUUGAAGUACCUGCUGGAUCGGCUGCAUGAAGAGGAGAAAACGGGGGCAAGGAUCUGCCAGAAGCUCAAGCAGUCCAGUUUGCCUUCCCCUCCCGAGGGGUCCCCGAGCCCAAGUUCAACCUCUGUGGAGAAGAUGUUUGGAGGCAAGAUUGUCACUCGGAUAUGCUGCCUCCACUGCCUCAAUGUCUCCUCCAGGGAGGAGGCGUUCACGGACCUCUCUCUGGCCUUCCCGCCUGCGGAGCGCGGCCGCCGCCGCCGCCUGGGCUCAGUGACGGUCCCUGCGGAAGGUGUGGGCGCCUGGGAGCCCCCGCCGCCGUCCCAGGCCCAGCUUCCAAGCGGGGCGAGCCCUCGGAGGCAGAGGAAGCACUGCAUCGCCGGGGACGCCCCCCCCACGGGCCUGGACCUCGGAGCCCUGGGACUCCCGGGACCCCGCGCGCCGAGCAGUCCGGAGAAGCUGGAGAGCGAGGGGGCAGCAGAGGCGAGAGCGGAGGAGGAAGCGAGCAGGAAGGAGGAGAAAGGGGAGGCGCAGCAGCAGGAGGAGCAGGAGAAGCUGGACCAGGAGACAGAGAAGGAGGCCGAGAAGGGGAAGGAGGAGGACUGCCCGGGGCCAGGGAUCCCCGGGGACGCCGCCGCCGCCCCCUCCGGGGAGGGCUCCCGCUCCGUCCUCGACCUGGUCAACUACUUCCUGACCCCUGAGAGGCUGAUGGCGGAGAACCGCUACUACUGCGAGUCGUGUGCCUCGCUGCAGGAGGCCGAGAGGGCGGUGGAGCUGAGCCAGGGGCCGCGCUACCUCGUCCUGACGCUGCUGCGCUUCUCCUUCGACCCACGCACCAUGCGGCGCCGCAAGAUCCUGGACGCUGUCUCCAUCCCGCUGCUGCUGCACCUGCCGCUGGCCGGGGGCCGAGGCCAGGCCUACGACCUCUGCAGCGUCGUGGUGCACUCGGGCGUGUCCUCGGAGAGCGGCCACUACUACUGCUAUGCGCGCGAGGGCGCUGCCCGCCCGGCACCUGCUCUGGGAGCCGCCGACAGGCCCGAGCCGGAGAACCAGUGGUACCUGUUCAAUGACACUCGGGUGUCCUUCUCCUCCUUCGAGUCUGUCAGCAACAUCACCUCCUUCUUCCCCAAGGACACAGCCUAUGUGCUUUUUUACCGGCAGCGUCCUGCGGAGGGGCCAGAGGCUGAGCCGGGCUCUCCCGGAGUCCGGACAGAGCCCGCCCUCCACAAAGACCUGAUGGAAGCUAUUUCCAAAGACAACAUCCUCUACCUGCAGGAGCAGGAGAAGGAGGCCCGCAGCAGGGCAGCCUACAUCUCUGCGCUCCCCGCAUCUCCACACUGGGGGAGAGGCUUUGACGAAGAUAAGGACGAGGAUGAAGGCUCUCCUGGGGGCUGCAACCCUGCAGGGGGCAAUGGUGGUGACUUCCACAGACUGGUCUUCUAAUGGGAACCGUCCACUGGCCGUUUGUGUGUGUGUGUUUGGGGGGCAGGGGCCACAGCCAAUCGUGGGGAGGCCUGGACCCCUUCCUUCUGGCAACUGGGUGGGGGCCCAGAUCCCAGGCAGAGCUGCACUGCCAUGUGGGGUCAAAGGGAGGCUGUGGAGGCAGGUUCAGUCCUGAUGUAGGGCCUUCGAAAGGUGAGAAAGGUGGAGAGGGAGCUUCUGGAACACUGCUCCUUGGCCUGAAGGCCACCUGGAGCCCCAGAUAUUGAGGUGAGCCCUUUAAACUAGGCCUCAGGCCCUGACAGGGGGAUCAGCCCCAUCAAGAUCUUACACCCAAGUGUCCUGGUCCACUCGAAGCAGCUUAGCUGGAUGCGCUCUGGGCCCUGCUCCCCCAGCAGGGCUGACCUUCACAGCUCCAGUGUCUUGCCAUCAAGUAGCAUUUCCCUUUCAGACAAUCCUAAUACUCUACAGUAUAAAAAGCAGAGCCGGAUCUGGCCACGUUGUUUCUCUGAGGGGAUUUCAGAGGUAACACUGUUUAUUUUGAGGCACGUGGGUGGGAUGCAGCCUGACGCAGGAUCAGAGAUCGUCUCUCCACACCAAGCAACCCUGCAUAGAAGGGAGGAUGGCCCCCCUCGGCUGCCUCUGUGCCCAAGAUGCCACCAAGUGCAUCCCCCUUCUGAUGCAAAUAAGAGUCCUUAUUUUACGGCAAGUAUGUGUGCAUUUCUCUUGGAACUGUCCUUCUGGGGAGAGCUAGCGGGCUCAGCUCAUCAGUUGGCUGUUAGAAUGGGAAUCUGGGGGCUGGUUUGGUGAGGAGCAGAUACUGACCUCUGUGCCCUGACACUGCUGUACACCUUCUAAUGGAGAGAGAGAAGAGAGAGACCCAAGGUCUCAAACAGGAAUAAAAAGUUCUCUGAAGCCUUUAAAGAUGUCAUUCUUCCUCUGUCAGUGGCUGUGGUGUCUACUGUACCCUUGGUUUCUUGCUGUGUCUAGGCAGCAGGGAGGGUUAUCCCUCCUGCCCCAUUGCCUUGUGUGACGUACCAUGGGAAGGUGAGGCCUGGUGGUGGGGCAGGGAGAGGUUAGAUGCCUGGUGGCUGUCAGGAUUUUUCCCAGAAAUAGCUAUUUUUCCUUCUCUCAGAGCCUGGAAGGGUGUGUGACUUCUCUGAGGCCAGACUUGGGCACAGGCCACCCCCAGUCACUCCACAGCCGACACCCAGUUCCUUCCCAUUCUGGGAGCAGGAGAGGCAUGCGGGGGCUCUGCUCUUUGGGAGAACAAAGAAGGCAUGGUGGCAGGGACUUCAAGGGUUGUGGGCCUGUGCUGAUGUUUUGGCCCAAAUAGCACAGACCCUGGAGACCUUAGGGACCAGCAAAAGCAAGCCAAUAGUUUGAUACCAGGUCACACUCAGAAUUCACUUCCACAGUCCCAGUCCUGUGUGUCUUCUAAGGAGAUUUGGCCGGUGUUACUACAGUUUCCAUGUUACACAUCAGGAAUGCAGAGCCUGAGGUAAGGGUUCAGUCUUGUUCCUAGCCAAGAAGCAUACCGAGUACAUUCCUAUUAUUAAAAUGAAAGUGGUGCAG